AUGCACAGCAAGCGGCUCGAUCUGAUUGCGGCUACGAUAUUUGAGGGAGGGGAUGAGAAGAAGCGUCGUCGCCUGAGCAUCGGUGCCAACGAAACCCUGGAGCGAAUCUCCCUCUCCGAUGGAAAACCCGACAUCAAGCCCGGAAAACACAUCAUCCAGAUCGUCUACAGCGGGACGUUGAGUCGCUCGAUGCAUGGCCUGUAUCGGUCGGUGUAUUAUGAUGAAGACGGAAACAAGAAAUGGAUUGCCACGACGCAAUUCGAGUCGACGAACGCCCGCGAGAUGGUGCCAUGCUUUGAUGAGCCCCGCUUUAAG